AAUCUAAAAUACAUAAAAUUAAAGUCCUUUUUCUGUUUAUUUAAAUCUUACUAUAUUGAAAUGACACCAGAUGUCGCUAUUUCUUUCGGAUCGCGUUUGAAGCAUCGGAGCUCCCUUCUAUGAAGUUUUAGUUCAUGACAUUAUUAACUCGCGCGCAGGCAGGACGCAGGAACGUUUGGCGGUAAAAAGCGACGCAAUGUUUCUCUUUAAUCUUUGGAUUUCCUUUCUCUAGGACGCAGGUAUUACAUUUUUUCCUUCAAUUUUUCGUUUCUAGAUCGCAACGCGAUGAUUAAAUUGUCUUGUCGCGUCUUCAUAAGAGUCAAAAAUUGCUCGAGUAUCGUGUCGCUUUUUUCGCCACUGCGCAUCUUGUCUGCGCAGAAGUUUUACAGUGCACAUAUAUAUAUUUUACUUGCAUCUAAUCGUUUCAAAUUGUGCGUAUUAAGCGUUGAAAAAAUGAUAAAUUCGGUUCUAUCUGAUUGUACAGUCGUUUUUAUUGUCAUCUUAUUAUCAGCAUCAGUCAUCUGGAAUCUGGAAGAUUGUUUAUGGACAAUAAACAAACAUCGCUUUUUCAUCAUAUAUAUCAUCUCACAAUUCGAUUUCGUCGACUACAUCACAUGAAACGAGGAAAUCUUGGACGUGUUUCUGAAAUGAUUUUCUUUUCUGUUGCCUCAGUGAAUAAGUGUCAUAUUUUCAUAAAUAAAUGCCACGAAGGAGUGACAGAAAACAAACAGGAGAGCAGGAGCAUCGUGUUAUACACGAUUUCACUCUUGAAGCUUAUUGUUAGUUAUAAAGGCGUGUUGAAGAGAAUGGCAAAUCGCGAGAAACCGACGACUCUCACGACCUUCUCGACAAAGGAAAAAUCAAUCCUAAAUUGGCCAAAGAGUGUACAUGCCAUUAAGCGGUAUUCGAAGUACCGGUAUCGCAAUCACCUAACCAGAGACGAGUGAAAUAGCCGGCUUGGUGGAGAUCCGUACGAUAUUAAGCGCAGUGUAUACUCGUCAUAUAAGGCGUGCUUUCGUAAGGGGCCGUCAGUUUGAAAGUGCGAGCUGUCGCGCGUGGAACCCGCGUGAAAGAUCCGCGCGCGCGAAAGAUCGACAUGAGAGCGAAGAUCCGUUUCCUCGUGCUGAUCGCGUUGCUUGCCGUUUCCGCAAAUAUCGCGGCGGAGAAAGGAAAAUCCGGAGAAGUCCCUUGCAUAGACGACAACAAGUUCUACCGAAAUCCUAAAACACCAUCACACAAUGUCUGGUCACCUACAGAAUGUGCCAAAUAUUUUCUCUGUUUAGAUAAUGAAGUAUUCGAAUUCAAGUGCUCGCAAGGACUCCUUUUUGACGUCUCCAGGCAGAUUUGCGACUUUAAGACAAAUGUCGAUAAUUGCGACAUAACUUCAGAUGCUCAACCAGCGAAGCCGUUGCUGAAGAAAGGCGAGUGUGACGAGAAAAGUCUGGCAUGCGGAGAUGGCACGUGCCUUCCGGCUCUAUAUUUCUGCGAUGGAAGUGUCGAUUGUCCUGACGGUUCCGACGAAGGAUGGUGCGAUAUGCGACAUGAUACAAAUGCUGCGCCGGCGUGUGACACGCAAAAAUGCCGAUUGCCAAAUUGUUGGUGCUCCAAAGAUGGCACUCGAAUUCCAGGAAAUCUCACCGCACUCACUGUUCCACAAAUGAUAACGAUCACUUUCGAUGAUGCUGUGAAUGAUGAAAACUUUGAACUUUAUUCAAAAAUAUUUACGGACGACAGAAAAAAUCCCAAUGGCUGUCCCUUAAGAGGUACUUUUUAUAUCAGUCAUCAAUACACGAAUUACAGAGAUGUGCAGUAUUUAUGGAACACCGGCCACGAAAUAGCUGCACAUUCCGUUACGCAUCGCGGACCAGAGGAAUGGUGGUCGAAAAACGCAACGAUCGAAGAUUGGUUCGACGAGAUGGUCGGGGUAGCAAACAUUAUCAAGAAAUAUGCAGCUGUUCGUCUCGGCGAUAUCAAAGGGAUAAGGGCUCCCUUUCUGCAAGUCGGAUGGAAUCGUCAGUUCCUGAUGAUGUCCGAAUUUGGCUUCGUUUACGAUUCCUCAAUCGUAGCACCGUUCUCGGAUCCACCUUUGUGGCCCUAUACGCUCGAUUAUAGACUGCCACAUGCGUGCGUUCGCGCGGGACAGUUUUGCCCGACUCGUUCCUACCCGAAUAUCUGGGAGCUACCGCUAAAUCAACUUUUGGCAAAUGAAUAUACUUGCACCACUGUGGACUCGUGUCCUUCCAAUUUAUCUGGUGAAGAAAUUUACAAGAUGCUCAUGCUAAACUUUAAGAGACAUUAUCUCACCAAUCGCGCGCCUUUUGGUCUACACUUUCAUGCAUCAUGGUUCCAAAAUCCAACAUAUUUUUACGCAUUUAAUAAAUUCAUCGAUGAUGUACUUCAGCUGGAUGAUGUAUUCUUUGUCACGAGUCAUCAGAUUGUGGAAUGGAUGCGCAGGCCAACAUCUCUGAAUGAAAUUGAAAAGUUCAAACCAUGGCAGUGUACAAAACGGCAUUUUGAACCAUUUGAAGUCGCCUGUGAUUUGCCAAAGAAUUGCAAAUUAUCCAGUAGAGUGCUCAAGUCGUACAGGUAUUUACACACGUGUUUUGAAUGUCCGCAACAAUAUCCGUGGUUAAGAAAUGAAUUUGGAAUCGAGUGAAAACGUGGUAAAAGCAACGUAAAACUUAUUCUUCUAUGUUGCUUGUACAUCGUUAGAAGUUUACGCAUAGUACCUUAUUUAGAUAUAAGUGUAUUAUUUAUUUUAUUGUAAACAGUUGUAAAACUAUGUACUUUUUUUAUAAGAAAAUUGCAUUUAUUUUCUAGAUACAUAGGUAAGCUUCUUUAAUUAUCAAUAUGAAGCAAAAUAAAUUAUAUUUUCUUUAUCAUUAGAAAAAUGGAAAUGGUUCAAGAUUUUUAGUUAUUAAGAUAACUUUCUCUCUUAAGAUGUAACAUCAUAUAUUGGUUGUGUGAAGACAUAAUCUUUCCUGUUUAUCCUUCCUGUUGUAUGAAUGGAUUUUGAAUGGAUUCCAUGCCAUCUACGGGACAAAUAAGCACUACCGAUGUUCCUCUACACACCACCAAUCCCAGCAUACGAGUGUCCUGAUUUAAUUUAUAUGGGUCAUCUGGAUCUGUAUAAUUAAGGAAAUUGUAUGUGUUUCAAGAAACACUCAAGAUAUUGAAUGAAGAUAUAAAAUAGCAAGAGGAUGUAAUAGAGGUAUAAUCUAUAAUCACAUUUAUAAUAACUUGUUAUAAGUUUUAUGUACCUCUAAGAUACUCCUUUGUGUUGUCCAGUACGAGAUUUAGUAAGGGAUCGUAACCCUUGAGUAUACCUUCAGCUUCUCUGCCUCCGGCGAACUUUACCCUUAUGUUCUUUUCAAGGUACUUAGAUAAAUCGAGAAUACUCUCUUUCCUCUUCUUCUCUUUGUGCUCGACAUUCUGUUGCUAUAAAAAUGCAAGUACGCUCAGAUUCGUGAUCAGUUCAGUAACUAUAUAUGUGAUGUAUUACCUGUUUUGGUGCCUGUAAGGAAGAAUAAAGAGGUUAACUUGAGGGUAAGUCUUAACCUAGAUUAUAGAAAAAUGAGAGGUAUACGUAAUUUCACAUUAUAUACUUACAGACAUCCUUACGAGAAAAAAGAUUUAACUGCAAAUAGUGAAUUACUUUUUAUAAAGUCAAUAAAAAGACAUCACAACUUUAAGUAAACUCAGUCGCGCGCGUAGAUACUCCAAAUUAUGUUUGUCGCUCUCUACUCGAAUAAGUCAAGUAUCGAUUAUUAGAA